CCGCAAGGUCCCCGGCUCCCUAGACUGCCCCACAAGGAUGGAAGCGAACAAAGUUCCGGGGUAGCUGUUUCUCCAGAAAGUGGCGCCUGGUUAGUGUUGUCACUCUGCCGUGAAAGAACCGAAGGCUUGGUCAUGGGAAACAUAAAGCUGCAGCAUGGCGAUCAUCCUUCACAAAUUCAGCAUUGUCAGAUUUGCUAUUUACCACAACGGCUUGGGUCUUCACUAUGGCAGGGACAGACAUCGAGAAGCACCAGGACGUUCAGGAAGAGGUGGCCUCUAACAACCUCAAGAACAUCGACACUGUCCACCAGGAUGAGGCAAUGCGCGUGCUCGCGGCCUAUCAAGGCCCUGAAGAGUGGACUGAGAAAGAGGAGAAGGCCGUGAGACGGAAAGUCGAUCUUCGUCUCAUGCCCGUACUCUGCGUUACGUAUGGGCUCCAGUACUAUGACAAAGCAAUGCUUUCGCAGGCUGCUUUGUUCGGAUUACGCGACGAUCUGCAUCUUCGAACGGGUAACCGAUACUCUAUGUCUGCAGCGAUCUUUUAUCUUGGAUUCAUUGUUGGAGCCUACCCUGCCAUGUACCUUGCUCAACGGUUUCCCAUCGAGCGAGUUGCCUCCGGAAUUGUCACCAUAUGGGGCAUCUGCUUGAUCUUGACAGUUGUCUGUCGUGACUACAAGGACCUGUACGCACAACGAUUCUUUCUCGGUCUCCUGGAGAGUGGCAUCAGCCCUAUGUUCAUGGUCAUCGUUGGAUCCUUUUACAAGAAGAACGAGCAAGCGUUUAGAAUGGGGAUUUGGUAUUCCUGCACUGGUUAUGUGUCCAUAUUCUCUCCUGUCCUGAACUAUGGUUUCGGACGUGCCAAAAGUUCUUUGCCCAACUGGAAGCUGAUGUACCUCUUUGCGGGCGCUCUGACUAUCGUCUGGGGUAUCGCGCUGUGGUGGGUCCUUCCUCCGGAUCCAGUGCGAGCCAAGGGUUUCAAUGACAGGCAACGAUACAUUUCAGUUGCUCGACUACGCACUAACAACUCCGGUGUCCGCAACACGCAUUUCAAAGGUUCACAGGUUUUGGAGCUUCUUAUGGAUGAGAAGUUUUGGCUAAUGUUCUCGAUCGCCUUCCUGUGCAUGAUCGCCAAUGGCCCAAUCUCAACCUUCAUCCCAAUUAUUAUUAACUCUUUCGGUUAUUCUACCCUUAAUUCUCUCCUUCUGGUAAUGCCCGCUGGUGCUUUCGCGGGUACUCUGCAGCUCGUUGUUCCUUGGCUCUGUUAUAAAUACACUGGCCUGCGCUCAUGGGCCAUCUUUGGAUGUCAGAUGGUGACCACGCUCGCUGCACUACUCCUCUGGCUAAUGCCUCGAAGCCAAACUGGCGUUCUGCUCUUCGCAUGUUACAUCCUACCCGCUGUCGGGGGCGGUUACGCCGUGCUAAUGGGUCUUGCACUGGCCAACACCGCGGGAUACACCAAGAGGACUGUCGCUUCAUCGGGUAUUUACAUAGGAUAUUGUCUGGGUAAUUUCGUCGGUCCUCUUGUUUUCAAGCCGCAGGAUGCGCCACGAUACGAGCCAGGAUUCAUUGUUACGUUUGUGACUGCGGUUGUGGCUGGCCUACUUGCUUUGGUUUACCGCUAUUGGUGUGCUGCGGUCAACAAGAAGCGCGAUGAGACAGGCACGCUUGAAGGAUUUGAGCAUGCCUACGAGGAUGAUCUGACGGAUCGCAAAAACCCGCAGUUCAGGUACAUUCUCUAGACGCGAAGAAAUAUCCUCAUACGUAGGCAGCUCAUUUAACCUUGGACUGGUUGAAAAUGUCAAAAUUUCCUGUUUCACUGGCCUACGGUGUCAUCCUCUUGAGAAAAUUCGUUUUGCAUAUUCGUUUCACGUCCAAGGAUG